UCCCCAACCCCAGCCAUUUAUUUCACCAGUCUCGCUCGCCGCCGUCUCUCUCCCCUCGGCCGCGCGCCGCCAGGAUUCAAUCAUCAGGCGGAAAAAGGAAGGAAGGAAGGAAGGAGGUUUAUCCCGAAACCCGGCGGGAUCAGCGGGGGAAUAUACGCCUCCCCUGUCGGCCGUCAGAGCGUGUGCGCUUGAGGAGCAGCCAUGGAGACGGGAGGGGAUAUCCGAGAGCGGAAGAGGGCUGGCGUUUGAUUCGUUGUUCUUUAGCUCGCGAGCAGCGUUGUCUCCGCCGGAAUCGGGCGGAGCGGUUUCGCUUUCGAGUGAAAGCUACGGGUUGGCUUGUACUGACCUGUGUGAAAGAGCGCUACUACUUGGGAGGCCAUCAGAGGUGUUUGGUUUGGUCAAAGAAAGCUCAGCUCCCUUCUUUUGUCUUGCCCGUGGGAUGCUUGCCGUGAGCCUCUGUGUUGGUCCUUGGAGAGAAUAAUACGUGCCCGAGGAGCUUUGGUUCUUGUGAUUACUCUUGUAGUCUUCUCGCCGAUUGUGAUUGGGAGAGCAACAGCGCUCUUCUGGGGCUUGGCUAUGUCCGUCUCAGAGAAGGUGGCGCCAUCAUCAUCAGUUUCUUCAUCGUCAGAUUUGGAUCCGUUGUUGAAGGAUCUUACAGAGAAGAAGUUGAGCUUUCGGAGGAACGUGGUGUCGUUGGCAGCAGAGCUCAAAGAUGUCAGAAAUAAACUUGCUUCCCAGGAGCAGCUGUUUGUGACGGAAUCCCAAACUAGGAAGGUUGCAGAGACAAAGGCAAGGAGCAUGGAAGAGGAAGUAAGCAAGCUGCAGAAAUGCUUACAGGAGAAGGAUGAGCAACUGCGUUCAUCGACAAGUAGCACGGAACAGUACCUCCACGAGUUGGAUGAUCUUAGAACACAACUUUCAUUUACCCGCGCUACAGCAGAAGCAAGUGCUGCAUCAGCCAAGUCAGCUCAGUUGCAGUGCUUGUCAUUGCUGAAAGAGCUGAAUGAGAAGGACUGCUCGCUGAAAGAGCACGAACUUCGAGUGAACAAACUAGGUGAGCAGCUUGAUCUUCUCCAGAAGGAUCUGCAAGCAAGGGAGCUCUCACAGAGGCAACUCAAAGAUGAAGUUACACGGAUUGAGACCGACAUCAUGGAUGCAGUUGCCAAAGCUGGUUCCAAGUCUGACAAAGAUAAUGAGCUUCUAAAGAUCCUAUCUGAUGUUUCACCAAGGAAUGUUCAGAAUCUCAACAACCUUUUGAAUGCUAAGGAUACAGAGAUUGCAAGGUUGAGAGAGGAAAUCAGGAUAUUAUCUGCUCAUUGGACAAACAAGAGCAAGGACUUAGAAUCGCAGUUGGAAAAGCACCGGAGGACUGAUCAGGAACUGAAGAAGAGGGUUCUGAAGCUUGAAUUUUGUCUUCAAGAAUCACAAUCUCAGAUGCGAAAACUCAAGAGGAUGGGGGAGAAAAGGGACAAGGCACUCAAGGAGCUCAUGGACCAGGUGGCCAUGAAGCAGCCCAACAGCUCGUACCAUGGCAUCAAGGAGAAUUUCUGGGAGAGCCAGGGCUUCAAGUUCAUCGCCUCCAUGUCGAUGCUAGCCCUGGUCAUCCUUGCAAAACGAUGAAAACGGCAGGCAUCCUGAACCCAAUCAUGUGUAAAGAAGUUCAGAUUCCAGUGUUAGGUGAGCAGCUAGCUCAUAGUUUAUAGUUUAAGAAGCUGUUGAUGUAGCGGCUUACAUUAGUUUGUAGACUAGGGCAGUUGAGCAUGCUGCAUGAUCAGAUGUCCAGACCGAAAUUUGCCGACAUAUCCAAUCCUUGUCCUGUAGACUGUAAUAGAUGUAGUCUGUACUCUGUAGUGCAGUUUCUGCCAGUUCAUGUAAGCUCAUAACCUGUCUUGUAGUGACACCUAGUUCGUGUAAGCUCAUGAGAAGUCAUGGAUCUACAUCAUAUAAUCUCAGAGUAGUUACUGCAGUUGUCGCUGCGGUUUAAUGUUA